AUGACACAUCAUGUGCUCGGGGAUAAAUUGGAUGUGCACACGGGUGGAGUGGAUCUGCGAUUUCCACACCACAACAAUGAGAUCGCACAGUGUGAAGCGCACAAUCAUGGAGUUCAAUGUGGGCAUGAUAAAGAGUGGUGCAAACAUUUUGUGCACUUUGGACACUUGUAUUUUCGCGGAAGGAAAAUGUCCAAGUCGCUGAAGAACUUUAUCUCGGUGAAGGAUUUCUUGGAAGAUGGGCACACAGCGGAUCAUUUUCGCCUAUUUUGUCUGCAGUUCAAAUACCGCACAAACUUGAUCUACUCGGAGGAUCGAAUACGAGAUGCAGUAGUAGUGGCAGAUCGUCUGAGAGCAGCAAUGCUGGCGAAACGCUGUGAGAAAAAAGACCUGGAAAUGUUGGACGCACUGUUCAUGACCCAAGCGCAGGUGGACGAAGUUUUAUUAGACGAUUUAGACACGCCACGUGCACUAUUACUUAUAUUGGAACUGGUAUCACGCGGAAACACAUACUUGUUGGCACACAGAGGCGAUACGGAGGCUCCAGAUGAGGUGCUGAUCGCAUUGACUGGUUACGUGCUUGAGGUGCUGGACCUCUUUGGACUGGAGGGACUUCAUGCCGAGUUUUCAGCCAUGAUGUGCCGUCGAUUCGCUCUUUCGGGUCACGAACAGCUGCAUGAAGUGAUAAUUUAG